CAUUUAAACCUGUGAAAGCUGAUUUAGAAGUACUUCAAUUGCAAUGGUCUUUAAAUGUGAUAAACUGAACUGGAAUAUUUUGGAGUCGAUGUGGCUUUUCUUUGUUUGAGAGCAAAAGCUGUUUUAGAUGGCACCUUUCUCAGAGUUCAGCUAGCCCUUGAGGAGAGUACAAGUGGACCAUGAUGUAAUGUCUGUCAUACGAAUUCAGUUGCUUUUCAAAGGCGUUAAAGAGAUAAGUGUAGCUAAAGUUAUGAUGCCCUCUAGGAACUACUAGCAGUGCACUAUCUCUGUGACCCUGAAUCAGCAAGCAACAGAAUAAGCAGUUCGCCGACCUUUUCUCCUGCCCUUGUUGCAUCGGUCCGUUGACAUGGAAGCCCGAGGAAAGUACGAUUUCAAUGGCACAGCAGAGGAUGAGCUCAGCUUUCGCAGGGGUGACAUUCUGAAGAUCCUUGGAUCUCAAGAUGAAUGGUUCAAGGCCGAAAUGCAUGGACAUGAGGGCUACGUGCCUAAAAACUAUGUCGACAGGCAGUUACCUAUCUGGUUCCAGGAGACUGCUAGCCGUAACUCGGCCGAGGAGAUGCUCAUAUCUCGAGAGGUCGGAGCCUUCCUGAUCCGAGGGAGCCAGAGUUCACCUGGAGACUUCUCCAUCUCCGUCAGACAUGAGAUUGACGUGCAGCAUUUUAAAGUCAUGAAGGACAAUAAGGGCAGUUAUUACCUGUGGGCAGAGAAGUUCACCUCCCUGAACAAACUGGUAGACUUCUACAGAACCUCCUCCAUCUCUAAACAGCGGGAGAUCUACCUGCGGGAUGGCAGUAGAGAUGAACCCAGACCUUCAGCACCUCAGCCGGUUAAGAGGAGCAGCUUUCCUGAGGACCGGCCACAAAGGGGGGGCUACGGAGGCCCACCCAGCUCAGCAGGACACCGGCGAUCAGCAGAGCCCACUCACACUCAGCAGAAUAAGAGAGGCAGUUUGGAGGAAAGAACUCAGAACAUGGGCUUGUCAGGCAGGAACAGUCCUGUCAGCAGUGUUCCAGCCCCUCGACGAACGCCUGACACCACACCUGCUCCGAGGUCAGCCAUGCAGGUGAGGGCAUUGUAUGACUUCACAGCAGAAGAAGAUGACGAACUAGGCUUUAACACUGGUGAUGUCAUCGAAGUCCUGGACCGCUCAGACACGUCGUGGUGGCGUGGACUUCUCCGUGGUCAUACUGGCCUCUUCCCAGCCAACUACACGGUUCAGAUCUGACCCAGGCUGCUUGGGUCAGCUGCACCAUCACCUGACCAAACAGUGCCUUGAGAAUGCAUAAUGAAGACUGAAUCACUUUUACAAAGUUGGAAACUUCAUUGUCAUUACUGGUGACAAGGAUGUGGAGUAAGAAGUAAAGAAACUACAGGUUAACCGCUCAUUACUAUAAUGAGCUGGGUAAUUAAAUAUGUAUCUAAUGACAUACAUAUUUGUACUUUGAUCAAAUUAGGUACUAUUAUAAUUAACUUUCUUAUGUCAAACCAAUAUAUAAUGCAAGCAUAGUAGUGGGAUUUUAUUUGUAGGCAUCAUUUUAUUUUUUACAUCACAAAACAACAAAUAUAUAAUAUUAAUAUUCAAUAUAACCAUACAAUAGCUAUAAUGCAGUCCUAAUAUUGCCUCAGGCUAUGUGGAACUACACUUAAACUCAUGGUUUAAACAAUUUUUAUAUGUAUUUUUUAAGUUUCUCAAUUAAAACUGAUGA